CACAGCAGCUGGAUUUCAGGAGGACUCUCGCUGACCCUGCUUUCACCUGAGCAGCGCGAGACUCACAUCUGGCCGUCCUCCUUGUGACGUCACAGCCCCUUCUUGCGCCGUCGGACUGAAGACUUCUGCAGGGAGGAGGAGGAGCUGUCAAAGUUUGACUUUCCUAGAGAAAGAACAAGUCCUUUUUUUACGCAAACGAGCAGAGCGGAACCGAGGGUUUGGAACCGAAGAACGCUCGCGCGCGUUGGCAUGGAGUGAGUCCGAGCGUCCGGGACUUCCAAAGGACGAUGGCAGCCCGUUUUCUGAAGUGGAUCUGCCUCCUCACCUCCGCGCUCUCCUGCGUCCUGGCGGAAAGGAAAGUAUGCCAAGGUCUCAGCAACCGUUUAAACCUGCUAGGCUCUAAAGAUGACCACUACCUGAACAUGGUGAAGACCUACAGCAACUGCACCGUGGUGCUGGAGAACCUGGAGAUCACCUACAUGGAUAAUAACCACGAUUUGUCCUUCCUUAAGUCAAUUGAAGAAGUGGGAGGUUACGUCCUGAUUGCACUCAACACAGCGACCAGAAUUCCCCUGGAGAAUCUGCGCAUCAUCCGGGGUCAUUCUCUCUAUGAGGGAGAGUUUGCUCUUUCUGUGCUCGUUAAUUCUGAUAAAGGAACCGGCACCACUGAACUCCUGCUGACCAAACUGACAGAAAUCCUUGCAGGAGGCAUCAAGUUUGGCAACAACCAGCUGUGCAACGUUGAAACAAUACAGUGGUUCGAUAUCGUCAAUCCAGACAAGAAGCCAAAGAUGGAGCUCCCGAUGGCGAGCAAUAACCCUCUCUGUAAAAAAUGCCACUCAAGCUGCUUCAACGGGUCGUGCUGGGCUCCUGGUCCUCAAUACUGUCAGACCUUAACCAAACUGAACUGUGCACAGCAGUGCUCCAAAAGAUGCAAAGGACCUUCUCCCAGCGACUGCUGCAACGAGCAUUGUGCAGCGGGCUGCACGGGACCCAGACCCACCGACUGUCUGGCCUGUCGGGACUUCCGAGACGACGGGGUGUGUAAGGACUCCUGUCCCGGCCUCAUGCGCUACGAUCCAAACCUCCACCUGUUGGUUCCAAACCCAAAUGGAAAGUACAGUUUUGGUGCCACCUGUGUAAAGAACUGCCCACAUAAUUAUGUUGUGACGGAUCAUGGUGCGUGCGUACGGACGUGCAGCGGUAACACCUAUGAAGUGGAUGAAGGAGGGAUCAGGAAGUGUGCCAAGUGCAACGGACCCUGUCCAAAAGUGUGUAAUGGACUUGGAACAGGAAACCUGACCCACACUCUGUCCAUCAAUGCCACAAACAUCGACUCCUUCAAAAACUGCACUAAAAUCAAUGGGAACAUUGCUUUUAUUCACACAUCUAUUUAUGGGGACAAGUUCACCAAAACCCCAAAGAUGGAUCCGGCCAAGCUUGAUGUGUUUAAAACUGUUAAAGAAAUUACGGGAUACCUGUGGAUUCAGACGUGGCCAAAGAACAUGAGCUCGCUCAGCCCUUUUGAGAAUCUGGAGAUCAUUCGAGGAAGAACAAAACAGGGUAGCCGCAGCGUUGCCAUUACUCAGCUUGACAUCAGCUACCUGGGCCUUCGUUCCCUCAAAGAAAUCAGCGAUGGUGACGUGGUCAUCAUCAAGAACCACAAUCUCUGCUACACCAACAGAAGCCACUGGAAAGGCCUCUUCAAGUCCAAAACACAAAGCGCCAAUGUGGACGAAAAUGCAAGCGCCACAGCCUGUGCUCUGAUGAACAGCACGUGUGACAGGAAGUGUGCCGCAGACGGCUGCUGGGGGCCCGGCCCGGACAUGUGCUUCGCCUGUCGUGACUACAGUCGUGGAGGGAGAUGUGUCGACUCCUGCAACAUCCUGGAGGGUGAGCCGCGGGAAGCAGUCAUGAAUAAAACCUGUGUGGAGUGUGACCCCGAGUGUCAGCGCAUGAAUGGGACAGCAACCUGCAGCGCUUCUGGUCCUGGAAAUUGUGCCAAGUGUGCCAACUUCCAAGAUGGGCUUUACUGUGUGUCCCGCUGUCCUCAAGGCGUGCCUGGAGAGGACGACACCCUGGUGUGGAAAUACGCGGAUGAGAGGAAUGUGUGUCAGCUAUGCCACAAAAACUGCACCCAAGGGUGCACAGGACCUGGUCUCAAAGGCUGCCACAUUAAAAGCUCCACAGGUCUUUCUAUGAUCGCGGCUGGAGUAGUGGGUGGACUGCUCACUGUACUUGUGACCGGCCUUUCCGUCUUUGUGUUGCUACGGCGACGAUACAUCAAGCGGAAAAGGACCAUGCGCAGGCUGCUGCAGGAGAGAGAGCUUGUUGAACCUCUCACCCCGAGUGGACAGGCUCCAAACCAGGCUCUGCUGCGGAUCCUGAAGGAAUCUGAGUUUAAGAAAAUCAAAGUGCUCGGUUCAGGAGCAUUUGGCACCGUUUACAAGGGUUUGUGGGUACCUGAGGGUGAGGAUGUGAAGAUCCCAGUGGCCAUCAAGGUGUUGAGAGAAGCCACAUCACCCAAAGCCAACAAAGAGAUCUUGGAUGAAGCGUAUGUGAUGGCCAGUGUGGAAAACCCCCACGUGUGUCGCCUGCUUGGUAUUUGUCUCACCUCAACCGUGCAGCUGAUAACACAGCUGAUGCCCUACGGCUGCCUGCUGGACUAUGUCAAAGAGAAAAAGGACAACAUCGGCUCCCAGCACCUGCUCAACUGGUGUGUGCAGAUAGCCAAGGGGAUGAACUACUUGGAGGAGCGCCAUUUGGUCCACCGUGACUUGGCUGCUCGAAAUGUGCUUGUGAAGACCCCUAAUCAUGUCAAGAUCACUGACUUUGGUCUGGCCAAGCUCCUCAAUGCAGAUGAGAAGGAGUACCACGCAGAUGGAGGGAAGGUGCCAAUAAAAUGGAUGGCUCUUGAAUCAAUCCUGACCAGAACCUACACUCACCAGAGUGACGUAUGGAGCUACGGUGUCACAGUCUGGGAGCUGAUGACAUUUGGGACCAAACCGUAUGACGGGAUUCCAGCCAGUGAAAUAGCCGGAAUUCUGGAGAAAGGAGAUCGACUCCCUCAACCUCCAAUCUGUACCAUCGAUGUCUACAUGAUCAUGGUGAAAUGUUGGAUGAUCGACGCCGAAAGUCGGCCUCGCUUUAGAGAACUGAUCGGCGAGUUUACGAAAAUGGCUCGAGAUCCGUCCCGCUAUCUCGUUAUUCAGGGUGAUGAUCGGAUGCACCUGCCGAGCCCGACAGACACAAAGUUCUAUCGCAGUUUGAUCGGCGGGGAGGACACGGAGGAGUCCGUGGAUGCAGAUGAGUAUCUGUUGCCACAGCACGGCUUCUUCAGCAGUCCGAGCACCUCCCAAACCCCUCUGCUUCACUCUACAAGCACCAACAGUAGCACUGGACCGUACCAUGGCAGAAAUGGAUUACUGAAUGGAUUCCCAAGCAGAGAUGGAAGCAUGAUUCUCCGAUAUAUUCCCGACCCCACAGACCUAUCCUUGGAUGAAGCCUUCCAGCCCGCUCCAGAUUAUAUGAACCAGAACGGAGUUUCAGAUGUGGCCAAUCCCAUUUACCAGAAUCCCAGGCCCCCCCGUGCCACUCUUCCCACCAUCUCAUCCGACGGCGCCGAGACUGAGUACCUGAACUGUUUUAAGAACGGACCCGAAUAUCUCAACGAGUCCCCCCCCGCGCUCUCAUCCAAUGGCGUGGUCCACGGCGUUCAGAUGUGUCAGCCCCAGAACAGCAUGGAUAACCCAGACUACCAACAGGACUUCACUCCCACCCUAAAGACUCACGCCAACGGGCACAUACCGGCGGCGGAGAACGCAGAGUACCUCGGCCCGGACUGAGACAAACAUGAAGAAACUGUUUUUCUGUUUCGCUCAGAGGGACAUUUCUGCAGCUGGAGAAGUGGAUCUCUUUACCAAAACAGGCUUUGUCUCAGCUUCAUCCUAUGAAUGACUGUUUGAUGAAAGUGGGACUGAGCAGAGCAAACUUAGCUGACAUCAGAACCGCCGGACUAGACGCUCUCCACCUGGAGGACAUAAUACCUGCCCGAAAGUGUGCCAGCUGGGGAGGGCAGCCUGUGAUGUGUUUAGGAAGUGUCCUGUGCUUUGGAAGCAGGUGUCCUCCUAUAUGAACUUGCAUUCCAGAGGAGCCUGUGGUACACGUGUUCUGCAGGUUCACAAACAAUUUCAUCUGUACAAAAGUAAAACUAUUUAAGCACAUUUUUAAAGACCCACUCGGAGGAAAAUGGUGUUUUUAACCUGUUCUUGUGGUAUUUUUCUGAUGAUAGAGGACAUAUACAAAGAAAAUUAAGCUUAAAAUAGAAUCUCUGAGUAUUUCUUUAUUUAAAUUGUUGUGAAUCAGGAGGAGACGAAAAAGACGCCGUUUGAAAAAGAGAAUAGAAAACAUGCCGGAUGGGCCACAAGCUCCCUGCCCUGAGCUCUCAACAGCAUGGAAGGGAAGUGGGGGCGGGGUUGCUCUGCACGAGUCCUGCCCACCACUCAGAGGUGAAUUUCAAACGAACUACUGCAGAAACUAGGUCCUAGAAAACUACACAGGUUUUUUUGAUUUUUGGCUAAAAACGACAAAAUCACAAUUGAUCAAAAGAUGAUCGGAGUGGGUCUUUAAGGUCAAUCAUCUGAUAGUACUGUUCCUAAAAGAUGAUUGUGUUUUAUUGUUCUGAAUGUAGAGGGCAUAACUCUCAGCUGCAAACAGAAGGGUUGAUUCUUAAUGUUAUAUCGUACUAUGUAGAGAAUGUGACAGGACACGCAGCGAGGACGACGCCGUCGUUCUCACGCCGCUGCGUUUUGUAGCUCAGAAACUGCAGCACUUUUGUAGGAGCAGAAAUCUUAGUGCAGACCUGUAAAGUUUGCAGAGUUUUUUUUUGUCUUCUUGUUUUGUUUAAUCAGUGUGACAUGUAAGGCCGCAUACAAUGGGGGGGGGGGGUCUUUAUUUUUAGCCCAGUGACUGAUUACUUCUCAACACCUCUGACUGCGUUUAAAGGUUAUCUUUUUUUUUUCCAUGCUGCAUUUAGCAAACGGAGGCAUACAAAAAAAAGAGAAGAAGAAAAAAGCAGCCCCACUUCUGUUUGUGGAAAACAAUAAUGCUGACUAAACAUAUUUGUAGUAUUUGUUUGUGGUUUUUCACAGUCUGAUGUAAUGUUUUGUGGACAGUUUUGACAACGCAUCCAAAAAUAUUAUCCAAGCUUUUAGGCACUUUAGUCUUGAAAGCUUUUUAUGUUUGUAAAUAUGAUUCUUACUUUUAAAGGAAUAUACUUUUUAUAGUUUCUGUAAGGUACAUGUACAGACAAGGGAUAAAUAAAUACACAAAACAGUCAUUUAU